CCUUUUCUUUUUCGCCCCCCAGUCUUGAUCGGUCAAGUUUUCGUGAGCCUGUAGCGUCGGAUUCCUGUUCUUGUCUGACACGAGUGUGUGGUAGUGUGGAGUGUGUUGUAGCAAAUCAGCUCCAUGGUUCACCAUGUUGUAUGUUCUGAGAUGCUUUUCUGCUCAGCACGCUUGUAAAGAGUGGUUACUUGAGUUACUGAAGCCUUCCUGUGAGCUCAAACCAGUCUGGCAUAUCUCCAAGCAGAUCUACUAUUCACUGGAUCUUUUUAAUUUUUUUUAGGUUUGCACAAUUCUGUGUAAACACUCGAGACUGGUGGGUGUGAAAAUUCCAGGAGAUGAAAUACUCAAACCAGCCUAUCUGGCACCAACAGCCAAAAGUUCUUGAGCUUUGGGUUUGUUUGGAGAUGAUAAGAAAAAUGCACUUCAUGGAGUGUCUUGAUAUGGAAUAAAAAGCAUGAAACUUUUUUUUUUCUUCCCCCCCACAUGAUAUAAUGAAAUCUUUACCAACAUAUCAAUUCAGACAGGGUAUACAAAGGGGAGCCAAAAAUUCCUGGAGUUGUUAAGGAAAAAAAAAAGUGUUAUAAAACUUACAGCACUUCUCCUUCAAUUGCCUUCAAGGUACUCUCCUUGUGAUGCGAUAGACUUAUCCCAGCGUUUCUCGCAUUCCUGGAAACUUUUUUUUUUUCCUGUAGUCAUCUUUUGUCAUCAUGUUUAGAGCCUCCAGCAUUUUUUUUUUUAAACGUUUUGUUUACUGGAUUUCUUCCACAGUGGUGAAUCUUUUCCCAUAUUCAGUCUCAUUUUUAAUUUCAGGAACAUAAUAGAAGUGGCAAAGAGAGAUUUGGUGAAUACAGUGGAUAUGAAGUGAUAACCACAUUGUUUCUGGUUUAAAAAAAACCUCUGCGUUUGUCAGCGCAGUGCGUGCAGGUGCGUUGUCGUGGUGCAAGAUCCAAUUCUUGGCACACCACUUUUCCGGAUGUUUCUUUAAAACCGCUUAGGUGCACACGCCGCGUUUGAAUUCUGGGAAUUUUUGUUAUCGUAUAUUGGUCCUGGUCCUAUUUCUUCGGGUCAUUCUGAAGACGGUAAGAUGCAAAGUACUCUUUCAAGGCAUGUGCAGUCUGCCGUAAAAUGACCGACAUCUUGGCUUGAGACAGAACUAAAAUCCCAGAGGUUCUCCAGUAAGAAGUGUUACCCUACCUCCACAUGAGAAACGAAUCCAAUACAUGUCACACUUACUUACGUUUAAGCUGAAUGAGAGAGGGACCGCUAGCCCCCCUAAAAAUAUCAACAGAAAUGCUCGACCGUUUUGCUGAUUGAAGGGAGCAAGGUGGCUUACUGGUUAGCAUGUUUCCCUCGCACCUCCAGGGUUGGGGGUUUGAUUCCCACCUCUGCCCUCUGUGUGUGGAAUUUGCCUGUUCUCCCCAUUCUUGGGUGGUGGCGGAGUGUUUCCUCCCCCAGUCCAAAGACACGCGUUGUAGACUGAUCGGCAUCUCUAAAUUGUCUGUAUUGUGUGAAUGGGUGUGCGAGUUUGUCUGCUAUUGUACCUUCUGCGAUGGGUUGGCACCCCAUCCAGGGUGUCCCCAACCUUAUGCCCAAAGUCCCCUGGGAUAGGCUCCGGGCUUCCCGCGACCCUGUGUAGGAUAAGCAGAUGGCAAGAAGAUGGAUGGAGACAAAAUCGCCCAUCGUAAAUGAAUUCUUGGUCAUAAAACACGAAACGUGACCGUUCCACUUCAAGGUUAUGGGAUGCUUUUCUGCUCACCACGGUUGAAAAGAAUGGUUAUUUGGGUCCAGUGAUGGCCACCGGAGUCAGAAAGUUGUAAAAGUUACAUCUCGGUGUGUAACUGAUGCUACCUCACUUGUCUACAAGGCACCAGUAGGAGGACGGCAUGGGACGAAACUAUAAAGCCGUGAUCAGCUUCGAGCUCCUUUUUCCUUUGAAGGCACCAAUUUUCUAGGCAUACCCUCGAUUGUGAUGACGCACAAAGAACGCGGUCGUUUUCUUCCAUCGCAGUUCUAUCAUUAGAGCAUCUUCAUCAUAUAAUGCCAGCAGUCUGUUAAAGAAUUCAGCCAGGGUUUUAUCGGGGUCAUCUCAGACGAGCAAUAAUCUUAAAAGACCAAUGAAAUUGAGUCUAAAACCAGCAUCAACAUUUCCUGGAAUGGCCUGAUUUUAUUUUCUUCCUCACGCAUUAGAUUAGAACACCACCACUCAGCAGCCAGCACCUUAAAUCUGCGGGUGUAGGGUUUCUGUACAGCAUGCUUGAUGAUUCACCAGGUUAAAUAAAAGAGGGGUUUUUUUUCUUUCAAGUGGAUUGAGUCUAAGAUUUCAGUCGAUUUGUCUGUAGCUUUGAGUGACUGCAUCGAAGUCAAGCUCGACUGAAAGGCUGUAGUCAGAUAGAGGCUUGUAUCACGCUCCAGGGCUGGUGUGUUCCCUUCUAAGAGGAUAAAAUUGAUCUUUUCUCUGUAUUGUGACCUUGCGCAUGUGACUGCGAAACCACUCCAAGACGUUUUCUUUCUUUUUUUUUUCUUCUUUUUUUUUCUUCACAAACGUCUUUGAGCGGUUUAGGAAUGAACUUGCGCUCAGUCCCACAAAAGUCUGGAGAAUAAUCAAACGUGGAUGCCAGGAUGAAACCAUUAUACAUCUUUUGAAAGCCAAGGGAUUUCUACCUCCCUGCGUGUAAUGACUUCCUCUUGAACUCACUUUCACCUAAAACACUCUGAUCUGUCGCUUCUCCACUUCUCAGUAGCGGUCUAAUUUUACUUCGCCUCGCACUUCACGUCGCACCCUUCCUCUUUAAGGCGUGCCGAGGAAACCUAGACCCAAGCCUCUCUAAGCGUACCUCUCUAAACUCAGAUUUUGUUAUCGAGAGUGACUGAAAUGGUGUGUAUUUGGGGUCAUAAACAGGGUAUGAGCAGCCUGUGUACUCGUUCUGUGGGCAUCUGGAAAGGCACCACCUGUUAGAUUUGUAGCAGUUUGCAGUGCGUUCGUGCUGAACGAGGAAUCAGCGUUAUGAGUGCACGUUAUCUUACCGGUUUAAUGAAAUCCUCAGCCGUUCAGUACGGUAACUGUGAAGCAGUGAUUUGAAGAGAAGCUGUAUGCUUUUAUUAUUUCUCAUACAUUCUUCCUUCCUUCCAUAUUUAUUUAUUUAUUUAUUUAUUUAUUUAUUUAUUUAUUGUUACCAACAAUCACUGCGAAAUAUCAUGACAAACAAUUGCGAUUUCAACAAUUCAUGUAGUUUUUACGCAAAAAAAAACAAAAAAACUUUGUUGUACGGCAAAUGUUGAAAAAUAGCCCCAUAAAUGGAGCAUUUUUGGCCGCCACAAUCAUACGAAUAAAUCGGUGUGUAUCUAGCUUGAUAAGAGGCUCAUUGUGAGCGUUGUCCGUGAAAUUCACUUGUUGAGGAGUUAAGCGGAGCGUUUGACAAAACUCGAUAGCUUUUAUUUGCUGUUGCCCCAUGGAGAAGUUAUGAUGCUUACCUGUGUGGUUUUUUUUGUUUGUUUGUUUUUUUUUGUUUUUGUUUUUUAAAUUUACAAACACUUUUUAAAUUUUUUUAAAAUGUAUUUUUAAUAUAAAUAAGCGCAGCACAUAAUGGGUAACUUUUCACUGGAAUAGCAAAAAUAAAGAGUGUCAGCUUACAAAUCAACACCAGAAUCGCUAAACACAUUCAUUAUUUCCAUUUAAACCCCUGGAAUGUUUUUCACAGUGGAAUCAUCCUUUAACUUAAAGGAAGGGAAGAAGAGAAAGUGGUGUAAGAAAUCUUAUUUUACUGGUAAUGGUUGUAUCGUAGCCCUGGGUGUGGUUCAGUGUGUCACAACGCAUGCUGUACACACACACACACACACAGUUUUUGCUUCAGAGAACCUUUUGGUUUUCCAGUUAUGUUCAAAGGGAUUCGUAAACCGCUAACCAGGAUCCGUGAGGCCCCGCGGCGCUCCGUGUGCUUUUGGCUGCAUGCCAGCUGGGAAUGUUUCUUCAGUGCUGCUUUUGUAGUCCCCCCGUUUGUUCAAGCUAUGAUGACCUACAUCUGACGUUAUCGAUAUCAUUAUCUACUCUCUGAAGCUCCUCUUGUUGGUUGGAAGGAAAUAGCAGGUUAUAUGGACUAUGAUUGUGUUAGCUUGCCAGGUCCUAGGAUAUGUCGCGUCACUUAGAGAGAUCAUCAUCGUUUCAAAUACCUGUUAAUCUGAUCAUUAUAUUGCUGCAUGUGUCGACAUCUACGAGGCGUUUAGAGUAGCUGCAAGCGUUUUUGUUUUUUUCUUUUUCUUUUUUUGUCUCUCAUGUGGUUUCCUCAAAGCAUGACGGAUGCUCUGACUCUAAAGUUCACUGUCUAGGGUAUGUUUUGGAGUUGCAGGCAGAGUAUUUUGGAGGAGAUGAAGAAGAGGUUCUCGCAGAUCGAGAACGCUGCCGAGGAACCCCGAGUGCUGUGUAUCGUCCAGGACACCACCAACGCCAAGACCGUCAACGAGAGACUGACGCUCAACCUCCCGGCUUCCACCACCCUCCUGAAGCUCUACGAAGACGUCGCUCACAAAGCCGGCUACGUGAAUGGCACCUUUGAGCUGGCAUGGGCCAACGUGGUGGAUUUGGCUCCUCUGGACCAGGCCAGUGAGAUGUCUCUGGUGGAGUCUGGGUUCGAGCCGGGGAAGAGGAACUUCCUUCAACUCAUGGACAAGGAUGGCGAGCAGCCUCAGAUAGCUUCUGAUGAGUCCGGCACGGCGGACAGCAGCGGGCUGGAUGACAGUUCUCAGGACCGCUUCAUCGGUCCCUUGUCCCGUGAUGGUACAGUGGGCUGUAGCAGUGACUACAGCAGCCCCAGCUACUCCUAUUCCUCCAUUCUCAACAAGUCUGAGACAGGAUAUGUGGGUUUGGUCAACCAGGCCAUGACUUGCUACCUGAACAGUUUACUGCAGACGCUGUUCAUGACGCCAGAGUUUAGAAAUGCUCUCUACAAUUGGGAGUUUGAGGAGUCCGAGGAAGGUCCUGUCACUAGCAUCCCCUACCAGCUGCAGAGGCUGUUUGUGCUGUUGCAGACCAGCAAGAAACGAUCCAUAGAGACCACAGACGUGACGCGCAGCUUCGGCUGGGACAGCAGUGAAGCCUGGCAACAGCACGACGUCCAGGAGCUUUGUCGGGUCAUGUUCGACGCCUUGGAGCAGAAGUGGAAACAGACAGAGCAGGCUGACCUUAUAAAUCAGCUGUACCAGGGAAAACUGAAGGACUAUGUGCGCUGUCUGGAGUGUGGCAACGAAAGCUGGAGGAUCGAUACAUACCUGGACAUCCCAUUGGUCAUCAGGCCUUUCGGAGCCAGCCAGGCCUUUGGCAGCGUGGAGGAAGCACUGCAGGCCUUCAUCCAGCCUGAAACUUUGGACGGGCCCAACCAGUAUUUCUGCGAACGCUGCAAGAAGAAAUGCGAUGCACGCAAGGGUCUGCGGUUUCUGCACUUUCCCUACCUGCUGACGUUGCAGCUGAAACGUUUUGACUUUGACUACACCACUAUGCACCGAAUCAAGCUCAACGACCGUAUGACCUUCCCCGAGGAGCUCGACAUGAGCCCCUUUAUUGACCUCGAGGACGAGAAAUCCCCUCAGACGGAGAGCUGCACUGACAGUGGGGCGGAGAACGAAGGCAGUUGCCACAGCGACCAGAUGAGCAACGACUUCUCCACAGAUGAUGGUGUUGACGAGGGCAUCUGCCUGGACAGUACCAGUGCCGCCGAGAGGGUGCUUAAGCCAAAGAGCUCACUGACCUAUGAACUGUUCUCGGUAAUGGUGCAUUCUGGGAGUGCCGCAGGUGGACACUACUACGCCUGCAUCAAGUCCUUCAGCGAUGGCCAGUGGUACAGCUUCAACGACCAGCACGUCAGCAAGAUCACACAGGAUGACAUCAGAAAGACGUACGGUGGUUCCUCAGGGAGCAGAGGCUAUUACUCCAGUGCCUUUGCCAGCUCCACAAACGCAUACAUGCUCAUAUAUAGACUGAAAGAUUCCUCAAGGAAUGCAAAGUACCUCGACGCUGAAGACUUCCCAGAGCACAUAAAGCGUCUCGUUCAGAGGGAGCGAGAGUCCGAGGAGCAGGAGAAAAGACAACGAGAGAUCGAGCGCAACACCUGCAAAAUCAAGCUGUUCUGCAUGCAUCCUGUCAAGAUGAUGAUGAUGAUGGAGAACAAGCUGGAGGUUCACAAGGACAAAACACUCCGAGAGGCCACAGAAAUAGCGUACAAGCUGAUGGAGCUUGAGGGCGUAGUUCCUCUGGACUGCUGUCGCUUGGUGAAGUAUGAUGAAUUUCAUGAAUAUCUGGAGCGCUCAUAUGAGGGGGAGGAGGACAUGCCCAUGGGGCUGCUCCUUGGCGGGGUUAAAUCCUCCUACAUGUUCGAUUUGCUACUAGAGACCCGCCGACCCGACCAAGUGUUCCAGCCUUAUAAACCUGGAGAGGUGAUGGUGAAGGUCCACGUGGUGGAUCUGAAGAGCGAGACCAUCGGAGCUCCCGUCAGCGUCAGGGCAUACCUGAACCAAACCAUUACGGAGUUCAAGCAACUCAUCGCACAAGCCACCGGGCUUCCCGCAGAAACCAUGCGAGUCGUCCUGGAGCGUUGCUAUAACGACCUCCGGCUUCUCUACGUGCCCAACAAGACACUGAAGGCUGAGGGUUUCUUCAGGAGUAACAAGGUUUUCGUGGAGAGCUCCGACUCUGAGGAACACCAGGCGACGUUCACCGACUCUCUCCUGUGGAAGCUUCUGGACCGUCACGGCAACACAAUCAGACUGUUUGUUUCGCUCCCGGAGCAGUCCCCAGGCUCCAUAGCCCACAGAACUAGUUGCCCCAAAGUGAGCGCUGACUCUGAGGACUCGUUCGAGGGGGGUAAAAGCAGCGGGCAUUGCGUCGAGGCCAUACUGGAAGAGAGCACGGAGAAGUUAAAGAACCUUUCCCUCCAACAGCAGAAGCAGAAGCCAUCUUCCAGCACCAGCGAGAGCCAGAAGAGUUCAGACCACAGUGAUUUCGAGCACCUCGAUUUCCCUCAGCCCGAGAACCAGCUGGCUUCGGAGGAACGCUCAGACUCUGACGCCAACAACGACCGCAGCACUAGCUCCGUGGACUCGGACAUCCUGAGCUCGAGCCAUAGCAGUGACACGCUGUGUAACGCUGACGGCACGCCUCUGCCUCUGGCCAACGGCCUCGACUCGCACAGCAUCACCAGCAGCCGCCGAUCCAAAGCCCACGAGGGCAAGAAGGAGACGUGGGACACGGCCGAGGAGGACUCGGGCACGGACAGCGAAUACGACGAGAACGGCAAGAGUAAAACGCAGACGCAUUACCUGUACUUCAGAGCAGAACCGUAUUCACAGGAAGGUGCUGCCGGGGAUGGACAGAAAGGUUUACUUGUCCAUGUUGAUAAAAGGAUCACACUGGCAUCGUUCAAGCAGAACCUGGAGCCGUUCGUCGGAGUCCCCUCUACUCAGUUCAAGGUCUUCCGGGUCUACGCCAACAACCAGGAGUUUGAGAGCGUGCGACUCAACGAGACUCUUUCUUCUUUUUCAGAUGACAACAAGAUCACCAUUCGGUUCGGACGAGCCCUAAAGAAAGGAGAAUACAGGGUAAAGGUGUACCAGCUGUUAGUCAAUGAAUCCGAGCCUUGUAGAUUCCUGUUGGAUACAGUGUUCGCUAAGGGCAUGACAGUGAGGCAGUCUAAAGAGGAGCUACUGCCCCAGCUCCGAGACCAGUGCAAACUGGACCUUAGCAUAGACAGGUUUCGACUCCGGAAGAAGACAUGGAAAAACCCAGGCACCGUGUUUCUGGAGUAUCACGUUUAUGAGGAGGACAUCAAUAUCUCGAGUAACUGGGAAGUCUUCCUUGAAGUUCUUGACGAACCGGAGCGGAUGAAGUCCAUGUCUCAGCUGGCGGUGCUGACACGACGCUGGUUUCCAGCUCAGAUGAAGCUGGAGCCCUUUCGUGAGGUGGUGCUAGAGAGCAGCAGUGUGGACGAACUCAAGGAAAAGCUCAGUGAAAUGAGUGAGAUUCCUCUCGAGAACCUGGAGUUCGCCAAGGGACGAGGAACAUUUCCUUGUGACAUAUCCGUGUUGGAGAUCCAUCAGGACUUAGACUGGAAUCCUAAGGUUUCCACACUCAACGUCUGGCCCCUGUACAUCUGCGACGAUGGUGCGGUGGUGUUUUACAGAGACAGCACUGAGGAGCUCAUGGAGCUCUCAGAAGAAGAGCGCAACGAACUGAUGAAGAAGGAGAGCAGCCGGCUGCUGAAGACGGGCCACCGGGUCAGUUAUUCUCCCCGCAAAGAGAAAGCUCUCAAGAUCUACUUAGACGGAGGGCCUUCUAAAGACCCGGGCCAGGACUGAGAGUGGCCCCACCACACCCCGAUACACUUUUGUUUUUUUUGUUUUUUUUUUGUUUGUUUUUGUUUUUGUUUUAAAUAGCUGGCCUGUCUGCUGCAGUGUAGCGCUGCCUCACCAGGGGCCCUUGAUGGCGUCGAAGCCCACGUCCGAUCUGACGCUACCGGUGCCGUACAGCCAGCGCUGUCUUCUCCGAGCUCUGUGGGGAGCUUGUGUACGAGGCUCAGAAUUUCUACUGUGCACUAUAGUUUCUCAUAAAGUUUAAAGGGAAGUGUUUCAAACGAACGGACACCCAGUAUCAUCCAGACAAAUCAAUCUUGAAAGAGACGGUGAUGCGCUUGUGGAAUAGAGAGGACUAUUUGUAUCUCUUUCUCUGGCUGUAUCAGGUUGUUUUGUUUUGUUUUGUUUGUUUCUUUCCCUCCAAUUACUGUUCAUUAAUCACUGAUUCUUUGAUUGAGUAGUGAUCUCGUCCAACAAGCACAUGUCCAUGAUCCAAGUUUUGCUUGGUUGAGAUACACGAUGAGCCCCACAUCUCUAAUACGAACAUAAUCAUCCUCUGCUAACUUCAGGUGUAUUCUAGUCGUUCUCAGAAUACUGGGUCCUCUGCUCUUGGUCGAGUAAUUAAUUAAAUGCUUCUCUCCUGGACAAAGAGGCUCCACCCUGGCCUUUUCCCGAGAGUGCUUCCCUGCACGUGUGGGUGUGAUGAUGGCUGAUGCUCUGUGCCACCCUGCUGACUGCUGAAGCUCCUCCCAUUGCAGAUGGAACUCUGCCUCUUGAUCUCUUACAACUCCUCCUACUUCUCCCUCUCGGGUACUCACACUGGUACAUUUUUAGUCUGCCUUUAAGACUAGGGUAAUACAAAUCAAGUAGAGCUUUAUAUUUACCUGUUCCCCCCACCCCAUGUCCUCCUUGUAAAUUAUUUUCACCCCAGACUUGAUUAUAAUGAUCAUGUGAGUAACUGGCACACAUUUUAAUUGUUUUUCUCUGUAACCCAGUUUUCUUUUUGGUCCUGUUUUUAAUUCUGCACAACAUGAGCGGAGCCUGUGUGUGUUCGAGCCUGGUCUCUGCGUGUGUGUGUGUGUGUGUGUGUGUGUGUGUGUGUGCUCUCUGUGUGAUGCUACUUGCUGCUGGUUUUUUUUUUCCCCCCUCCUUUUUUUUUUUUUUUUUUUUUUUUUUUUUGUGUAGCCAGAAAGCAAAAGCUCUGAAGCAGGGCUGCCGGAUGCAACUCGCUAGUUUAUUGCAAGGUUUAGUAGGUGUGUUGGAACAGGAAAACCACUGGACUGUGCUGUGGCGUUUGGCGACCCUGAUUUAGAGCCACACUGGAGGAGCAGCGCUCUGGCUCACAGCAUCACUGAACUAAGCCGAGCCACCGUGGGUUCCCUGGGCUCCUAACUCUGCCACAAGCUGUUCACUGUAGACUUGCCAAUAUGGAAAUAAAAAAAAAUCAGUUUCUGUCUGAGCGCAUCAUUUCAGGAGAUCAGUCGUCUUGCGUAUCUUUAUGCAAAACAAGUUCAUCCUUAAAACCGUUCAUACGUUGAGAGAAAAACGUUUCUCCCACACUUUGAAGUUGAAAUCUGUAGCUAAACCCAGGAGCAGAACUAAAAUGCCGCCUUUACUUAUGAAAGCUUGGAAAGAUUGUUGCUUUUUCACUCCGAAUCAAGUAACCUGCCUUCAAAAACAUGGUAGGAUGACACUGAUUUGUCCGGGGUUGUUUCCAAGUUGUCCCGUCAUGCGUUUCCAUAGAUUACUGCAGUUUUUAGGAUGAUAAACCUGUUGAGAUGUUUCUAGGCUGUUUUAUUGCUUUCUAAAUAAUCGGCACUAGAUUGUAAUGAUAUUUAAUCAUUUAAAAAGAUACAUUCAAGUUACUUUUAAAGGCUUCCGGUUUCGCUGUAACUAAUAAUACAGGAGCCUUUCUUUCCCCUCGUAACAAAUGGCUUCAACACACAACCUACCAUUCUAGAAAUCUGCCUUCAUUCUUGCCUAAUAGCACUGUGAAGGGGAAAAACUAUGACUAAGACAAUUUUCCUGAUGUACUUUUGCAGUUCCCUCCCACGAAACAUACUGGCAGAUGCUUUGGUAACUCGAAAUGAUUAAAAAGUGAAUGAAUGCAUGGUGCCUUGAGAUGGAUUCCCAUCCGGGUCGUUUUCCUGCCUCGUCUUGAGUGUUCCCAGCAUCCGAUAAAGUGCAAACUUAUUUAAGAUUAGGGGUGUGCAAUAUGAUCAAAAACCUAAAACGGGUUU